UGUGUACAACUGGUGAUCCGGUUUAUUGAAUGCAUUGCACCAAAAUGAUUUCUACCCAGAGCUGUACAUUUAUCAUUUGUUAAUAUAAUAAAACAGACAGUCUGACUUUUCCAUACCCACAGGAUUAAAGGGCCUACAUCUACGUACAGAUACUGAUCAGCAUAAAGUCCUUUGGAAUCACAUGUAAACUGCAGUGGAGGAUUCUUCUUUCAGUGCUUCGACCCAGAGAGAGCCUUCUAGUCCUCUUGUGACCAGCCCACUAUGUGACAGUACUGUGCGCGCGCACGGCAGAGGGAGAGGGAGCGAGAGACCUUGCGUGUGUGUGUGCUAGUCUGCGUGCGUGCCUCAUGAAGCGCAUGUAAUACAGAGAGCAUCCUGAUUGGCCUGUUUCAAUUGACAGUGUGGCCGAACUGUCAGUUCAGUAUAGAAACAAGAGCGCCAUGGCAGAGGGAGAGUGCCCUAAAAAACGCAAAUACAAGACACAUUUUACGCAAGACUACAUGAAAGUGUACCCCUGUCUUAUAAGAGUAAAAAAAUUAUGACAGUCUUGCACGCUGUACAGUUUGCAACAUCAACUUCAGAAUUGCCCAGGGUGGGGGGGCGAUACCUUUACCAAAACACAUUUCAUCUUAUGGUCACGAAUAUAUUCUAAUAGCAAACUUGGUAAGACAAUACUUGCCCUUCCAGAGGCAUAAUUGUCUUUGGAGAAAUUGUUAGUGGACCUAACCAUGAAACAGAAGUUUGUAGGCUCUAAACACGGCCUGGCAACUGCUACAGUGUAUUUAGACUUACAUUUUUUGAAUAUAUUUAAGCGGCCAAUUUCUAACAUUUUGACAUAUAUUUUCCAAAUGUGUUCGGAAAUACAUUUUCCAAAUGUAUUCAAAAAUCUAUUUAAAAUAGAUUCAUUUUCCGUAUGGGAAUUGAUAGGCAAAAAAUCGUAAAGAUGGGGAAGUGAAAUAAUUUGUGGUCAUUUCACAACAACACCAAAAAAACUAUUACGGAAAAUAAACGUCAUGUUUUCGAAGGACUGCUUUCCGAUUUAACAUGUCCGAACAUGCCUUUCAUCGAAAGGCAUGUUUUAAUUGUGACAUGUGUCUAGCAACAAUCCCGUCACAACUUUAUACUGUGAGAUUGGCAGGUGCUGCCUGGCAGUGAGACCCAGCCGUGCGAGGAAUGGACCCCUCACACUGGCCAACACGUUGACAGGCCCACCCGCCCAUAUUUGUACCUCCUCCUGACUUACUAACGGGAAUCCAGAUCGCGUGAUACAAGCAUUUCCUCGACUGGUUAUGUAAGGACAAAAUCGUUAACCAUGUUUCGUGGAUUUCUAUCGUUUGUUAAAGGAUUUCUGCUUUGGCCGAAAAAAAACGUAACAGCACACUAUGGUCAGGAAAGUGGCUGGAUCGUGGAUGAAUACCUACCAUAUCAGAUGGUCCAACGCCCACAUCUGAAUAACCUCUGUAUGCAAUGUACUGGCUGCUACGGAAAAAAAGUGGUCAGCACGCGCAGUGGGGGGAAAAAUGUAUGAUGGCUUUUCAGCAGAUAUGCAUCAUCUUGUCUGGAAUGAGCAUUACCCUGAAAAAACAUCAGUUCAACCCAAAAGCAUCAGCUCUGUUAGACCUAUCCCUAGAUACGAUAGAGAGCUUCCUGGCACUGUGAAAAUGUUGUUGCCUAAAACCUGUGCUAAUCUACCUGUGCAAGUGUCUGAUGGAACGGAGGAUCACCUGGUUGUCUCUGGUCACGUUUACACGAAAGGUGACGUUGAUGAUUUCUCAUUGCCGGGAACUCACUUGAGACCUACCGAACCAGGUGGCGUGUCUACCGUGAUGAAGAACAAUUAUAAGUCUUCAGGGGAACCAUCUUCUGAAAUGGCAGGGUUAGCAUUUAUGUCUGCCUUUGAACCAGAGACCAACCCUGGAAAGGUUGCUGAAUCAUUCCUUAUUCGCCCAUCAUUUGACGAUGUUAUGGACCUAGACCGGUUUCCAAAGGAAAGCCUAAAAACUACUGAUGGUGCAACAAGAUGCAAAAAGAGAAUGUUAAAAUGGAAACUUGAUACCAAUGUAAGAGAUGAAGACACCUUCAGUCAAAAAUCCCCUUGUCAACGAAAGAAGACCAGCUUCUACAGAAGAGGAAUUUGGAAAAAGCAUUUGAAAUUGUUCCUUCAAUUGUUGUUCAUCAUUGCAUUAAUCCAAGACUGUAAUGGAAUCUGUGUAGCCUGCCAUGAUGAAGAAUGUGCAGAUGUGCAGAGUAUAUAUGGAUUGAAUGACAUCCUAUUGUAUGAAAGAUGUAACCGCACAAGUUGCUCUCACACUACUUGUGUUGUGCGUUUUGAUACCACACCUGUCAUCAUCGUCUGCCCACACUACAAUGAGGAUGCUGAGACGCUUGAGGUGGAGAGCAAUGGUGUUCAACUGAAAAAUACCUCUGUUGUUGCCUGCCCAACUGUGAAGACUGAUACUGGUGAAAAAGGUGGUUCCCCAGUGCUCCCCACCAAUCCCAGCCCCACACAAUACUCUCUUGUGCUUGGUAUAAGCCUUGGAGUUAUUGCCCUCCUUUGCUGUGGCAUUUUCUUCUGGUGUUACAGGAAUAAAUGGUCUGAAACUCAUGUGAUGUUGAAGAGUGUUCAAGUAUAACAUUUGGAAGAGGACCUGUGGCUGUGAAUUCUGUAAACUUCUCUCUAUUAAAUCAAUUAAGAUGCUUACCAAAUGUAAAUAAGACACACAUAGUUUUUCCUAGCCACUGAAAUUCACCACUACUGUUGUUUGCUCCUUGGGGUUUAAGGCCAGGUGUCUCUGUA